UUGUUUUCAAACUCCGUGUGCUUGUGUGUGUGAGAGAGGGCGAGAGCGCCAGUGGCGUAGCAGGCAGUGUUGUAAGGUGCCGAAAGAGCGAUCCCGACCGGCACACUAGUUGUCCCGCUCGCACUCCAGUGAGGCAAAUGUCAAAGUCUGUUCAGUAGCAAAACAGAAUUGCAGCCAAGAAAAGCGGAAUCAGCGACAAAAUUAGCCAUUAGCAGGGUUUUACAUAUAGAUUAGGCCAGCGAAGCGACAUAACGCCCCAAGUGUUAUCCAAUGGAGGCGGCCAAGGAUUUUGCGGUGGCCAAGUACCAGGACUUAUGUAACUUCCUGGAGCGGGAUACGCGCGGCAGCGAGCUGGUCAUCUACGGCACCUCGGCCAUCAUGCUGGCCGUGGCCUAUGCCAAGCGAAAGCCGGCCUACCUGGUGCGCCAGUUCAAGCAGCCCUCGCACAUCCCGGAGCGCCUGAUCAGCGAGCGCGUCAUGCACACGGGCAAGAUCGCCGGGGUAAAGCAGCAGGAGCAGGACACCCUGCUGAUGAUCCAGCACCGGCCGCUGCUUCCGAUCUUCACCAGCCGCAAACGCUUGCUGCCCGUCAAACUGCCGGGCGUGCGCGUCAAUGCCAACGGCUACUCCUGGCUGCAGCAGUGCCUCAUUGGCCGCGAGGCCACCUUCCUGCCCCUUAAAUCCGCCAAGGGACAGGACUUUGUCGUCUGCCAGCUGUGCCUGGUGCAUCCGCCGCGGGGCAACCGCCUGCUGGACGUCUCGGAGACCCUGCUCAAGCUCCGUUUCGCCCGUUUCGUGCAGGAUGCCGCCGCCGCGGUUAAGAAGAACGGGAAGUACUACCAGCAUCUGAAGAAGGUGGAGCAGACCACCGCGGAGAAGGAGGCCUGGCUCUCCUGGGCCGCCGGCUAUCCCUACAUCUGGCGCCGCUACAACGAACUGAGGCAGCGCUGGUUGCCCAAGGAGAAGCUGCUGCCGGAGCUAGUGCGCUGAUUGCGAUCUCCCCGUUCCUGCCACAAACCCAUUUACAGGGCUAGCAAGCUCGCCACCAUCAACUUAGUUCCGUGGCCAGCUACUCUCUAUAUUUUCAUUAUGCCUGUUUACUAGCUUGUGCAUUUGUACCUUAGUGUUGCCUGCUAUUUAUUGUUCUACGAUUGGCAAACAUCGUCUGCGAUAUAAGACAGCAUUUGUUUACAAAACCUCCAGCGCAAGUACACAAGUCAGUCUCAAAAGCUUAUUAGUUAAGGGAAUAGCUAGCGACUUGCCCAACGACUUUCGAUGCCCAGGCGGUACGUGAUCGUGUGCUAAUUUCCACACCCAGUAGAGCGAAGAACGUCAGCAUUUUUUAAAUAUUCAAAUAAGCGAAAUGUUUUUACCACGGAUGACAUCAGUGCGUGUGCCUGUGUGUGUACGUGUGCGUGUUUCCCAAAUAAAAUGCCGAAAUACCUAA